CUCUGACGGAUUUGUUAUUUUUGCAUAAAUCAGUUUCGAGAGCGGGCUACUUCCAGCUUGGAUUUCGCUGUUCUGUUCUGCACUUCAAAUCUAGAUGUUGCCGCAUUCAACGCCGGCGGCAGGCGUGUGGCAGCUUCAGUUCGUUGCCUAAGUCUUUUGUGUCGCGUUUAUAACUAAAGCCCAGCGAUGGCUCUGACCAAUUUCUCACUGCCUUUCGGUGCGCUCGGCCAGCCCUGGGGCGUCACCCUGGCACCCCUGCACCCCAUACAUCAGCUGGCCAGCAACACCAACAAUUUGCUGUACUCUCCGGCGGACCAUCAACAGCAGCACCCCCAGCAGCAGGGCCCCACAGAUUCUGAAUUCUUUAAGAAUAAUCCCUAUGCGCCACCGCAGCAUACAAGUGUGCCACAAGCACAAGGGGCAAGCGCAGGCUAUCCAUACCAGAGCAGACGCAAGCAGAAUAAUGCCUAUCUGCCACCCACGGGCCCCGCUGCGGCACGUAACUCUGUGUACCACAUCCAGCAGCAGACACAACAGCAACAGCAGCAGGAGGCCAACAAUGAGAACAGCGUCUCCUAUCAGAGUUCAACCAGUUCCAGGUCGAGCAGCGCCGGCCAGAGCACCAUACAGCUGACGCAGACCCACCACUCGACUGGCCGAGGCCCGGGCGAGGGCUCGUACAGCCGCUUUCCGGGGCAGCAGCAGAAGCAAUUCUUCAAUGCCCACGGCAGUGCCAGUGCCACAUUUAGCAAGAACAGCGGCAGCUUCAGUAUUACCAGCUACGGUAGCAGGCAGCAGCCGCAACCACAACCACAACCACAACAACAGGCACAGCCCCAGGCAGCACCACCAGCACCUCAGCUGCAGCAGCAGCCACCCCCGCCCGCACCGCAGUCGCAGCAGCAGCAGCCGCGCACCAGACAAUCGAAGCCUGAGGCACAGCCUGCGUCCACCUAUGGCGUGGCAGCGCCCGAAAACUAUCCGGAAAGAGCGCCGGGCUUUACGCGGGUGCAGGCAGGACAGGGCUCACGCACUCAGGUGCAUGCCGUUCUCGACUAUGAUGUGGAGGAGGGCGACGAGGAGGAUGAGGAGGAUGAAGACGAGGAUGGACAGUACUACGAGGGGCAGGAGAAGGCAGCAAAGGCGAAUAGCAAUCAGAUGCCCACUGUGACACCCAUCCAGGGACCAAUCUACUUGAAGAACGGCACGGUGCCGGUGGUGCCGCUCUUCUCCUAUCCGAAGCUCAACAACGGAUCGUUCCUACAGAUUCCGAUCUGGUGGACGGCCCUGUCGGUGGCUCUGGGUCUGGAUGUCAGAGGUGAUGUGAUAAAGGGUGUGCCAUGCAUCAAGCGCUUUCAUCAGCUAUUCUGCCCCACAGCCGGCAACAGCUAUCCCAUCGACAAGAUUGAACGUUUUAUAGAUGACAACAAGGCUUUGAUGCGUCGCAUGUAUGGAGACUUUGAGAUGAAUAUGGAGGGACCUGCAGGUGGCGGCAAUCAACAGCCAAAAGUGCGCAAAAGAAGAUUUAUAGACGAGCCGGAUAUAUUUAUACCACCCGGAGCACAUGCAGCCCAUGCAGCCCAUGCAGGAGAGGCCGUGGAGGCGGGCGACAGUUAUUUCGGACAACUCAGAAAGAAGCGUCAGGCGGCAGUUGGUGGCAGUCGCAACAGAGGAGCAGGCAACAGUGGUUCCAGUGGUGCUGGAAGUUCUACCGGAAGCAAUGCCAGCAGAACACCUGGGAGCAGUGGCGCUGGGCAGGCGAACUCCGGCACAGGCAGACUCGAUGCCUGCGAAUCGAAAAUCGAAAUUGUGACACCCUAUUGGGCAUCGAACUCAGCAGGCAAGAUCAGGGCCAUUGUCAACACACAGCACUUUGAGCAGGCCAUACACCAGGAGGUGUGCAGCAAUACACAAACAUCACGCUGCGAGGGAGAGUGCGGAUGCGAGCAAAAGUACAAAUGGCAUCGACUGUUGGCCUAUGAUCCUGAUAACGAUUGCAAGGGCAUAUUUAUGGACUGGUUCCUGUUUCCUUCAUGCUGUGUCUGUAGAUGUAAUCCCUAGACGAGUGCCGUGUCUGAGCAUAAUAUAUAAUGAGCAUCGAGUAUAAUUGUAGGUAGAAUGCCACUGAAUGUAUUUUAGUUGUUGUUAAGUAGAUCAUAUAUCCACUUCUUGGUAGCUUCCAUGUAGUUAAGGUUUAAUACGAGCCAUAUCCGCCCCUCCAUCUACUCGUAAACAAACAAAAAAAAACACAUCCGAGAUAACUCAAAACUCCAUUUGUUGUUGUACUGUAAUCGUAAUUGUAAUCGUAAAAUGAAUCAAGUGAAUAAAGUCUAU